GUUCAAACUUUUUCUUCUUCUGUCCGCAUCUUCCCUUCUUCGUCGAUUACAAUUAACCCUGUGAUAUUGUUUUUUUUGGGUAAUUUCCUUGUACGGCCAUUUGUGGUUUGUAUGAUUCAUUGUACUUGCUCUCGAUACUCCCAAUACUCCUAUUGCUAUCUAGGGUUUUGUUUCAUUGUACUUCACUGUCUCUAGUGAUUGUUCUUUUGGUGGGUGUUCGGCAAGGUCAAUGGAUGGUUACGGCGACUUCUUUAAUGGUCUACAGAGGCUUCAAUCUCCAUUUGGUGCUCAAUUUUCUUCUGAAACAUUUCUGGGUGGCUCCCAAAUGGGCGCAUCGACUCGUCAAAUGGCGCAGACUACUAGUCCAGAAGGGUCCAAGAGGCCUGGUGUACAACCGUCUUACCCCAUGAACCCUCCUUAUUCACCGUUCACGGUGUCCCGAGCUAUUUCUCAGCAACAGUGUUUGGUGAAUUCGAGCACUGGAGCGUCCAAUUCGAGGUCCUCGCAUGAGGGUUUGCCCCCAUUGAGCCCCUUGACUUAUAAGGACUCAUCUGUAUCCUCCUUUUCUGACCAAGCGGCUGCUGAUGCGUCCAAGGAAGAAGGCUUGGGUAACCUUCAUGGGCUUUCAAUCUAUCCUUCUCAGGUUACAAGGGGUAACAGUUUAAGGGUGGGGGAGAGUUUACCUCCCCGCAGAGGGCAUAGAAGGUCUAAUAGUGACGGUAUCCCAUUGGGAUUUAAUUCAAUGAUUCAACUAUCGCCCCAGUUGAUACCAAUUGGCAGUGGCAAGGGAGGUUUCGAUAGAUCUGUUUCCGGGAGAGAGGGUUUUGGAGCAGAGAAGCCGAUUCAGUUGAUUAAACGGGAAUCAGAGUGGAGCAAUGAUGUGAUUGGCAACGUAGAAGCUAUGAAAGAGAGGAAAUCCGAUGGAGAGGUUUUGGAUGCAAUGAUUAGUGAGUACAUGAAUUUAGACACAAUUGAUUCAUUGAACUCAUCGGCUGCUGAACAUAAGGAUUUGGAUAGCAGAGCUAGUGGUACAAAGACCAAUGGAUAUGAAAGCAGUGAUAAUGAAGUUGAAAGCCACUUAAUUGGCAUGCAGGGAGAGGGAGUUAAGAGGAGUGCACAUGGAGCUUCAACUGCUCGGCACCAUAGAAGUGUCUCAAUGGAUAGUUAUAUGGGCAGUUUCAUCUUUGAUGAUGAGUCUUUGAAGGUUCCUGCUAAGGGAACUCAAGCAGGUCCAGAAUCACCUGGAGAUUCAGUUGAUGGAAGUAAUAAGAAGUUGAACUUGGCCUUCCGGAAUGGAGAGUUUUCUACAGAGGAGUGGAAAAAGAUUAUUGCCAACGAGAAGCUUCAUGAGAUUGCAUUAUCAGACCCGAAACGCGUUAAAAGGAUUUUGGCUAAUCGGAUAUCAGCUGCUCGUUCCAAAGAGAGGAAGACCCGGUACAUUUCUGAAUUGGAGCACAAGGUGCAAACUCUGCAAAACGAGACAACAACUCUAUCUACCCAGGUCACAGUGUUACAGAGAGAUGCUGCAGAGAUUGCAAAUGAGAACAAGGAGUUGAAAUUCCGUCUUCAGGCAAUGGAACAACAGGACCAACUCAAAGAUGCUUUGAAUAGCACAUUAACUGCUGAGGUUGAACGUUUGAGACUCACUGUGGCUGAGCUUGGUGUGGAUGGGCAAGGUAUGAGGUCCAUGGCUCCGCUUUCUGUAAACCAGAGAUUAUUCCAGCUGCAGCAACAACAGCAGUUGCUUACUUUUCAUCUGCAGCAGCAACAACAACAAAACCAACAACCACAACAGCACUGCGAGCUCAAUGGUGAUCAGUUGCAACAGCAGCAGCAAGAACAACGGAAUGGACUUCUUCAGGACAAUCAAUUGAAGCCCCAGCAGCAGAAUGGUCUUGCUGCAAACCAUGAGUCCAAAUAGUUAGUCAGCCUCAAUUCAAGCACUGGCUUCUGCUUAGUCAGAUCGCAAAGUGCCUGAAACUUUUCCCGGAUUAGGGUAGUAUAAACUUAUAUAUAAGCUCGGAUAUUGAUCAGUACUUCGGUUUGGGGUUUAGCCCGGAUUAGGGUAGUCUGAACUUAUAUAUAAGCUCGGAUGUUGAUCAGUACUUCGGUUUGGGGUUAUAACUAUUUUAGUAAACGAAUUUAUUUGUUGGUUGGGUUGGAUUACCAUCUGGGAAAUAGAGGUUUGACACAUCAACUGUUAUACUAAUGAAAUCCACCAGUUUCUAACAUUA